AUGGUCGCGGCACUUUCUACCUCGUUGGGCACUCUCGCCCUCCUGGCUGUCUCGGCCCAGGCGGUGCAAUGGGGCGACUACGCCUGCAUGAGAAGCUCAGGGGACAUGACAAAGCUCGGAUCCUCUGCGUAUCAAUCGCCAGGGUACUGCCAGAAACUGUGUGAGAAAGAGAAGGGGUAUUUCUUUGCCUUGCAAGGCGAAGACUGCUGGUGUGGCCCCCAGCCCCCCGGCUUCAAUAGUAUGGGAGGCACGUGUGAUAUGGAUUGCCCGGGAUAUCCCAGUGAAAGCUGUGGUGGCGACGGCACGUACUCCGUGUGGGAAUUGGAGGAAGAUUACGCGGAUUCUCCCCUGGGACAUGCCACUACCUCUUCGACUGCUGUCACGGUGACUACUGCCGCCGGUUCUUCUUCGACUGGGAGUUCUUUGGUGGUGGACCUCACAUCCGCGUCGAUAACCUCUACUUCCCCGGCUACAACUUCGUCGGCCGUGGCUUCAACAUCGUCCGUGGCCCAGCCGGUUGAGACCACUUCUGCCUCCGGGGCUAGCCGUCGCGUUCGGUUCUUGUUUUCCUAA